AGGAGGGGUGAAACGCUCGCUCAUCCUCUCUUUUGUGUGAGACUCAGAGCAUGUGAUGAACAACCGACUUCUUCAGGCCAUUCGCAAAUGUGUUGCCUCAACUCCAGGGAAUUAACAACUGACCUCACAGCUGUCUGCUCUGCGCUGGGCGUAAAGGGACGGACCAUCUCUGUUUUGCUGUAGAGUACUGGUUCAUAUUCUCCAUAACCAUGGACCUGACCGCGCUUUCAGACGACGAGGCCAAGCAUGUCUGGGAGGUCAUACAGAGAGACUUCACCCUCAGGAAGAUAGAAGAAGAGAGACUGGGGGACCUAAAGACUAAGAUAGAGAAGGAGGACACUAAGAUUGAGCUGCUGGGUACUCAGACCACCCUGGUAGACUCUCACUGUAUCCGCUGUCUGCAGCCCUUCAAGUUCCUGGUCAACAGUAAGCGUCAGUGCAUAGACUGUAAGAUGUACACCUGCAAGGCAUGCAGCCGCUACAACAAGAAGGAUCACGGCUGGGUGUGCGACCCCUGUCGUAUGACAAGGGUCCUGAAAAUCGGAACGGUGGGAUGGUACCAUGACAACGUGCGCACCCGUUUCAAGCGCUUCGGCAGUGCCAAGGUGAUGAAGUCUCUUUACAAGCGACUCAACGGAGAGGGCGCUCGUCGUGACAGUGACACACAAAGCAUGCCUGAUAUCCGCAAUGAUAGGUACAAUGGUCAUGAUGAGGACUAUGCAGAAGCAGAAGCUCAGCGAUACAAAACGAUGCGAAAGAACAAGCGCCUGCUCUCUGUUCAUCCCAUGGACUUGGAUGUGGAUAUAGAAGAGUAUUUUCCACCCCACUCUCGCACUCACUCUCGUCGACAAUCCUACCAGCAGAUCCAGGAGGAGCGAAGCGGUGGUCACCGGGGUGACACGGAGUACAUGGACUCCAUGCAGCAACAACAACAUCGCAUGAACCGUAGGAAGAGCCUGGAUAGGUACAACAUGCGCCCUGAUGAUGGGCAGUAUGGGAUGGUGCGUGCCCGCUCCCUGUCCAAGAUCAGCUCCUCUAUGAACCGCCAGCACUAUGUGGACACGUCAGAAGAGGAGGAGGGAGGGCGCAACAUGUACCAGACCCCCUAUCGCCGACGCCCUUCCUACAGCCGAGUUGGCUCUCACGAGAACCUGCAGGUCCCAACACAGCCACCGGUCAAUGCGCUAAACAAGCGCAUGUCAGCCAUAGAGAGUCUCCUGAACCGGCUGGAGUCCAAGAUGACUCUACCCCCCGACGAUGAGGCGACGUCCCCGACCGCUGCACAGAUAGAGGAGGAGAAGCUGAGGAGGAAGCUCAGCGAGCUGGCGGGGAACAUCAGUGUUCCCUCCUCCGACGAGGAAGCAGGAGGGGGGAAGAAGACCCCUUUAUUAAAGAGGGCCGCUGUGAAGAGUAACCUCCCAGUCCUCCCCCUGGAGCCCCUCAGCUCCUCCAGCGAUGAGGGGCCCACUGAAGCUCAGCAGGUGUACAUGACCUCAGGGAAGUCUUUUGACCUGGAGAAGAAGCUGAGGCAUCUGGAGCAGAGUGCCAAGAACCGCUUCGGAGGGGCCACAGACUCGGAGCUCUCUGACCUGGAGGACGUGGUGGCCCUGACUGCACAUCGGGUCCAGAGCACUGAAAGUGAGGUGUCUGAUUUGGAGAACAAGCUUGCUGCUCUAAGUGCCUCAGGGAAGAAAAAGAUAUCAGGUUCGCAGAACAGGAAAAGGUUUAACCAAGACUUCCCCACAAAACCCAGCAACGGCUCAGGAUCCCAAAGGAAAUACAAUCACAUGUAAAGGACUGUAUGACGAAUAAGCCCGAUGAUACUGUAUGUAUUAUCUUAGUGACUGAAAUAUACCUUAAACCGUAUCUGUCACUGAUCCACUGUGUAUCUGAUGUCACUCUCAUAUCCACAUUGUUACAGUAUGUUAAUGGUAUAUCCACACCCACAAUGCACAGCAGUUAUGUGCUGUAAAAGCAGGCUAUACCAUAGCUAUGUUCAAUGCAAGAACAACCCUGGUUUACUGCCUGAGAAUCAGACGCAUUCUGAAGGAUCCUCUCAGUCUCAAUGUAUCUGAUGUCUAAACUCAUGAGAGGAUCCGAUGUGAUUGGGUAAAAGGGCAAUUUGUGGGAAAAAAAUAUCAGAAUUGGGCUUCCUGCUGCAAAACAGUCUAAGUUUCCUGAUUUAAAAAAUGAAUCUGUGCCAUAUAGGCCAAAAGUGACUUUCUGUGUUAAAAUGGAGUUUGAUUAGUGAACACUAGUAAAGUGUUAGUUACUGUACACUAUCAUGACCUCGUCUAAUAAUGACCUUUUGGGUUCCAUGGGAUUCUGAGAAACAAGCACCACAACUUACUAUCUUACAUUACCAACCGUGUUCAAUUCAAAUAACUGAGUGUCUGUUACUUAAUGUCUUAGUAAAUAUCUUUCUGAAAAAGAACAGUGAAAUGAUGCCUUGACACUGACCAGACAAAUAUUAUAUGAAAUAACAAGUUAUCUAGUCUGGAUAAUGAUCUUUGUCUUUUCUCAAUUCAUAUAAAAAAAGAUGUUUGAAACCAUUUUCAAGACAAUUAUAAAUAUUGCA